CGAGGGCUUUCGUUUCCCUUGUUUUUGCGAAACGCUUCCUUAGCUUACUCUGCCCCUAGCUUGCUUCUUAUCCAUGGCGUCUACAUUUCUCGCAGUACCCAAAAUGUUCACUCUAAACAAGCCAACCCUCCCAUCCCUCUCCAACCACAAAUUUCUGGGGUCUCGAAGAAACUCUCUUAGAAUCAAUGUAGUUGCCAUUAAAUGGGAACCCACCAAGGUUGUUCCACAAGCUGACAGAGUUCUUAUCCGUCUCCAAGAGUUACCCGAGAAAUCAGCUGGUGGAGUCUUGUUACCCAAAUCAGCUGUCAAGUUUGAGAGGUACCUGAUGGGGGAGAUAGUUUCUGUUGGUACUGAAGUUGGAAAAGUGGAGCCUGGAAAGAAGGUUCUUUUUUCUGACAUAAAUGCUUACGAGAUUGAUUUGGGGACGGAUAAUAGGCAUGUCUUCUGUAAAGAGAGUGACUUGUUAGCUGACGUCGAGUGAAGUUUCUGCACUUUGAUCUACAUGAAGAGAGUCCUCUUUGAUGGCGGCAUUUAUGGAGUUAACUCUGCCUAGUGCCAAACUUCAGAUGUGUUUCAAAGUUGAACGUUUCUUGUUGCUCUUUGUUUCCUGCUCUUAGCACAUUUAUGUCAUUAACUUUACUGGAGAGGAUAGUAAUUCACGAAUUUUCUUUUAAUUGAAUUCAAUGUUGGAUGAUCA